AUGUUGGAAAAUGUCCUUCCACAUCUGUAUCCGUGGCAUGCCUUGUCAACAGUGCUGGUUUCGCUGUUCAUUUACCAGGCAGCGAAGAUGAUCUACAAUGCCCACGUGGAUACUUUACGAAGUAUACCCGGACCAUGGCUCAGCUCCGCCUCCUCUGUCUGGAUACGGUGGCAGAGAUGGCACGGUAGGCUGUCCCUGGAAGCCGACAAGCUCAUGUCGAAGUACGGUCCCAUUGUCCGAAUUGCACCAAACCUGGUCAUUCUCAGCGACCCCGAAGCUGUAGAGAAAGUCUUUGUGAGAAAAGAUUUGGACACUUCGCCGACGUCAAUUCGUGCCCUACGUGUUGGCGGCCAUGAUUGGACUGUCACUUACCCUCAACAUGACAUAGCGCGACAGCGACGACAUUCAGUCAUGAUUGCGACCACAACCAAGAACCUCAAGAUCGCACAAUCGGAAGACAUUGUCCACCACCUCCGCAUCUGCACACUAAAAAACUCGCAAAUAAUCAUGGGUGGCCAGGCAGUCGACCUCGACACCAAGGGCUUUCCCCGUGUGGUCGGCGAGUACAACUUCCCCGUCGUGUGGCGUCUCUGUCUGCCAUCUUGGCUGUUCGAAUGGCUGCAGUACGUCCCUAUUUUUAGUCACGCAUGCUUCCGCGUGCAGUCGAGCGAUAGGCUUUUCGAGCUCGGUGAAGAAUUAUGCCGCCAAGCUGCCGAUACACAAUCUAACUCUGACAUGGAUUCCAAUGUGCACACUCUUUUCACGGACAAUAGCGCAAAGUAUCCCACACAGGCCUGGACGAAUCCAGAACUCGCCGCCGAGAUGGCAGGCCAGGUUCUUGCGGCUACAGAGACGACUUCGUCAGCGCUAGCCUUCAUCUAUUACGAGUUGGCGAAGAACCAGCAGUUGCAGAAGGAAUUAUACAAGGAAGUCGUUGCGCAUGAAGGAUACGAAGAUCUGGACUCUCUAAAGUUGCUCGACGCCUGCAUCAUGGAGGGUUUGCGUUUCCGACCCCCUGUGGCUCUGACUGGAAGUCGCAUGGUGCCCAAAGGAGGCCUCAACGUGUUGGGUUAUUAUCUUCCAGAGGGCACCGUCUUGACAACGCAGUCUCUGUCCAUGAGCCGCCAGCGACCUGAUCUUUUCCCUGACUACGAUGCCUACAACCCUCUUCGCUGGAUGGGUGAAGAUGAUGAAUUCAGCGCUGAGAGGCGCCGUCUUGUUGUGCCAUUCGGGGUGGGUGCGAGGAGGUGUCCGGGCGGAAACAUGGCUACCUAUCAGAUGCGGCUUAUUCUGGUUGCGACAUUCAGGGCAUUCAAGAUUUCACUGGCGCCGGAGACUACUCCGGAGGUGAUGGCUCCAUUUGAGGCUAAUGGGUAUCGAUCUAGGCAUGACCGCUGCGAUUUGGUCUUUACCCCACACAAGGUCUGA